AUGGCACUUGAACUUCAAACUAUCGACACUGUACAAUACUGCUUUGAAGCUGGAAAUGUGUCUUGUCUUAAGGAAAUCCGACCAACUGUGGUAUAUGUGGUUCUUUAUAUAUUUUCUGCAGCUGUUGUAAUGCUUACUAUUUGGGGAAAUCUUUUUGUGAUGAUUUCAAUAUUUCAUUUUAAACAGCUUCACACUCCAACCAACCUGCUCGUUCUCUCUCUGGCUGUGGCUGACUUUCUAGUGGGAGCAACUGUAAUGCCAUUCACAGUUAUUCGAUCGAUAGAAAAAUGCUGGUAUUUUGGCAAUGUUGGUUGUACUAUUCACAGUAUUUGCUUUCUUGUUUUAACUGCAGUUUCCAUUGGUAGUUUAGUGCUUAUUGCUAUUGACCGUUAUUUUGCAGUUUGUCAUCCAUUCUUUUACUCUGCUAAAGUUACAAUCCCAGUCACUUGUAUAUUUAUAGCUAUUAGCUGGAUAGUAUCUCUGUUUUACUCAUUAUCAAUUCUGUACUUUAAAGGAUAUAUUGAUGAUGCAAAAGAAUUAAAUAUUUGCCCUGGAGACUGUGCCUUUGUAUUUAAUACAAUAUGGGGGAGGAUGUUUAACUUACCAAAAAAAUCUGAAACAAAAGCAGCAAAAACGCUGGGGAUUGUGGUAGUGGUAUUUAUUCUUUGCUGGGUACCUUAUUACAUUUCCACUUUCCUUGUUCCUUACAUGAAUGUAGAUGAUCCAUCAGUUAUACUUCAAGCAUUUUCUUGGGUUGCUUAUUGUAAUUCUAGUAUGAAUCCAAUUAUUUAUGCUUUGUUUUACCCCUGGUUUCAAAAGUCGGUUAAACUGAUAAUAACCUUCAAAAUAUGCAGUCCAGGCUCAUCUUUAAUUAACCUGUUUCCAGAGAGUAAUUGA